AAUAAAAAUUAAUAAAGGAAAGAAAAUCACAUAUCGAAUCGAUCCGAAUCGCUUCUCAUUUUUACAGCGAGAAGAAGACUCUGAGAAGGAAGCCGCCAUUGUUGUUUGCCAGUGAAGCAUCAUUCCCCCCUCUUCUUCUCCCCCGUCGGAUUCUCUAGCCGGAUCCCGUUCCUCUGUUUGUCGGCGCUGUGCUUCCCCUGCCGGCUGUCUCCGGCAGGCCUGUCCCCCUAACUGCCCGGCUUUGUCGAAUUGGACCUCGAUCAUCCGCCCAGAUUGCAUUCCCUCCCGGAUGUGUUGAGCUUUGAGCGAUUGGUUUUGUACUGGAGUCGGUUGCAGUCAUAUAGAUACGGCGGCAGGUCAAUCGCAGGUCAGAUCAGGGUUCGCGGCCGUACGAGUUCCUUCGGAGCUGGCAUAUGGACCAUUUCGACGAUUGCUUAUUGAAUUCGAAGUGCGAGCUGUAGCAUUAGGGUUUAUCUUCCAGCGAGGGAUUAUUGGUUGAUGUGAAGUUUGCAAUGGCGGAUUUAGAGUCAAUUCUGUUCAUCGUCAUUGCAUUCCUUUGCACCGUUGGGUCCAUUGCCUUGGCGAUAUUCCAUAUAUACAGGCAUCUCUUGAAUUACACCGAGCCCAUUUAUCAGAGAUACAUUGUCCGCAUCAUAUUCAUGGUUCCGGUUUAUGCGCUGAUGUCUUUCUUGUCGCUCAUCUUGCCAGAUAGUUCGAUAUACUUUAAUUCCAUUCGAGAAGUUUACGAAGCAUGGGUCAUUUAUAAUUUCCUGUCAUUGUGCCUUGCGUGGGUUGGUGGCCCGGGAGCUGUGGUGUUAAGUUUAACUGGCCGAGUACUAAAGCCAUCAUGCUACUUAAUGACCUGUUGCCUUCCUCCAUUGUCACUAGAUGGGCGCUUUAUUCGGAGGUGCAAGCAAGGAUGUCUACAGUUUGUGAUACUGAAGCCCUUUCUAGCAGCUGUAACUCUUAUACUCUAUGCAAAUGGGAAUUAUCAUGAUGGAAACUUCAAUCCGAGGCAAUCUUAUCUGUACCUCACUAUAAUCUACACCAUAUCCUACUCGUUGGCUCUUUAUGCUUUGGCAUUGUUUUAUGUGGCCUGCAAAGAUCUGCUUCAGCCGUUCAAUCCAGUUCCAAAGUUCAUAAUCAUCAAAUCUGUUGUCUUCUUGACUUAUUGGCAGGGUGUCUUGGUUUUCCUUGCUGCAAAAUCCGGGUUCAUAAAAGAUGCCGACCAGGCUGCUCGGUUUCAGGAUUUCAUCAUCUGUGUUGAGAUGCUGAUUGCUGCUAUUGGCCAUCUAUACGCUUUCCCAUACAAAGAGUAUGCAGGAGCUAAUGUUGGUGGUUCUCAUGGUUUGAUUGGAAGCCUUACGCAUGCUGUGAAGUUAAAUGACUUGUACCAUGACACUGUCCAUCAGUUUGCACCGACUUAUCAUGAGUAUGUGCUUUAUAACCACACAGAGGGUGAAGAGGGAGCUAAGAAGUAUCGCUCAAGAACCUUUGUGCCGACAGGCCAAGAAAUGGAGGCUGUCAGAAAGAACAAAGCCAUGUUUGGAAACAAGCUGGAGGAGGUGGAGCUCUCAGGCUCCUCUGCUACAAGCUCUCCGAACAAUGAUAGCAGAGUGCCUGAUUCUACGAGUUCUGAGGCCCCCCAAUCUUCUCUUCUUGUUGAUAUAUCAGAUCCCUUCUCUGUGUCAUAUGACAUGUCACUAGUCGACCUGAACAGCUAUCCUGCAGAAGUUCCAGCCGUCAGUGAGGAAGGAAAGAGAUGACAAGGAAAAUGAUAUUUUCCUGUGUAACUUCUGCAGCACGAUUUUUUGCGAGAUCAGUACGAGGUUCAGGUAUCAUCCUUCAGUCAGGGAAGCACUAUUGCUUACAAUUGUGUGUUGUCAGGUACUUCCCACUGAUGUCGUCUUUGGUAGUCUAGUUGUCCUCUGUACAUUGUAGAUACCAAACUGCCAUACGUGUGAAUUUACAGUGUCAGAAUUGGCUUGUGCUCUCUAGUUUAAAAUUCUUUUCCGUGUGGUCUAGUUCUGAUUUGCAGGAUGAUCAAAUCCAUCAUCAUAUGAUGAUAGGGUUCAAUCGACCGGCUAGCUUAAUUAGAGUUGCUUGAGCAUUAUCAUCGGCUGUGGUUUGUUUUCUCACCGUUUCACCUCCAUCUUAAUCCAAAUUUCUGGUCCCGGCGUUUCUCAAGGGAGGACCCAGUUUCUUAUUCCAA